GGUAAUGGCUAACAUUAACAAGAAGUAGAUGAGUGGAUUUCUCACAUAACUUUCAUCAAACACCUAGCGCUCGCUAACCCAACGUGUCAAUCCACCAACUAACCACGUGUUCUUCAACUCUUUCGUAAACCCAAAACAGAAAACACCAUCACUAUAUUCUACAUCUUCUUCUUCAACGCAACAUUACGGAGUAUUACUUUUCUCAAAAUCCCAAAAACGCGAAAACCUUACAGCCAUGAAUCGUGCAUUAUCAUCAUUCUCCAAACACUUUACCAGAACAAUUCACCAAACCAAACUCCAAACCUCCGGUCCAGUCGCUUCCCUCAUAAAAUCCCGCUCCGUCAUUCGAUUCCGAGGACCCGACACCGUUAAAUUCCUUCAAGGCCUCUUAACCAAUGAUAUACGCAAAUUCAGUGAUUCUCUCGGCGAUAAAACCGCCAAUUUUCCUACACCUAAUGUUCCCGCCACUUCGGUUCCACCUAUUUAUGCGGCGUUGUUGACACCUCAAGGUAGAUUUCUCUAUGACCUCUUUCUCUAUAAACCGCCGAGUAAAGAUACUAAGCUUGAUAGCACUGGAACUGGACCUGCUUCGGAACCGAAUGAGCCGUUUGAAUUGUUUGCUGAUGUUGAUGCUUCUGUUUUGGAUGAGUUGUUGGCAACUUUCACCAAAUACCGGCUGAGGUCGAAGGUUGAGAUUGAUAAUGUUGCUAGUGAAUUCUCGUGUUGGCAGCGUUAUGGUUCUGGGCUUUCUGAGAAUUCCUCAGAUGUAGAAGAACCGGAAGCAGCCUCAGUUGGGUGGGGAGCUGGUGAGGAUGGUGCUGCAAUGUCAUCUUCUCAUGGUGGUAAUCUUGGCUGGCAAUGGUUUAAGGAUCCCAGAUUGGCCUGUCUUGGCUUCAGAGGGAUCUUCCCAUCAAAUAUCAUUCCACCUCUAAUUGAGGCUGACAAAGAGACUGAUGAACAGAAUUACCUCAUGUGGAGAAUAGAGAAUGGAGUAGCAGAAGGAUCAACCGAGAUUCCAAAAGGUGAAGCAAUGCCACUUGAGUAUAAUUUUGUAGGCCUUAAUGCAAUCAGCUUUGACAAAGGUUGCUAUGUGGGACAAGAACUCAUAGCUCGUACACACCACCGAGGGGUGAUUCGAAAGCGUAUAGUUCCUCUAAGGUUUCAAGAUAAUGAGGGGAAAGAAAUCAUAAGCAAGGUCAGUCCUGGCUCAGAAGUAAUAAACACAUCAUCUGGGAAAAAAGUUGGUUUAGUGACUACUGCCCUAGGAUGUCGUGGGAUGGGACUAUUGCGGCUGGAGGAAGCUCUAAAGGGAUCCACUUCCUUGUCUAUUCAAGGACAAGAGGAUGUUAAGGUUGUCGCUAGUAAACCAGAUUGGUGGCCUUCUGAUUGGCUUCAAGAUCUUCAACAGCACACCGCGUUUGCAUAGGAUGCUCGAUGUCAUUCAAAAGACAAGUAUCUUUGAACAAUUUGGUAGAUGAGGAAACUAUGACAGCAACAGUUGUGGAUUUUCUUGCUGAGUGAGCUAUGGAAAUGGCAGUUUACCGUAUUCCCUCCUUAGAAACCUUAAUGCAGAACAAAUUUUAUUUUGAUUAGAAAGAGUCGUAUAACUUUGUAUAAAACCCUCGGAGUAGUAUAUGUAUUAUUUUACUUGAUGAGUAUUUAUUUUAUUUUUUGUGAAGGAUACUUGAUGAGUAUUAUAAGCAGGAAAAAUAGUAUUAGUGUAAACUUACUUAA